CCUGACCUCGGGAGGAUGGGGACACCCAGGGGAGGAUGGCCGCAGCCUCUAGGGGGCUCUCGGGAGAGUAGCCCCGGGCCCCCAGGGGGCGCGGGCCAGGUGGCAGCGCCGGGGCUGAGCUGCGCGGAGGAGGCGGCCUCCCUGGCCAGGGGCGGCGGCAGGGGCGGCCCUGGGAUCACAUGGGCGGAGGCAGGUCCCGGAGUCCCGGGCGGGCUCUCCCCAGAGUCGGGCAGACGGCUGCGGCGGGAACGGCGGCGUCUUUCGCCUCCCUCCUUCCCUUCCCUUCGUUCCCCGGCCCGGCCGCCCAGCCCGACAGGUGAGCGGGAGCCAGGUGAGCGCGCCCACCUGCGUGCGGUCCGCACGGCCGGCGACCUCCCCGGCCCCGGCGCCCUCGCAGCUCUGCGCGCCCGCGGCCGGCUCGGCGGCCGGACCUCUCCUCCGCGCACGGCCGCUCCCCGCAGCCUCGUCUGCGGUCGGCGCCCCCCGCGAGCUGGGCUUUCCCGUCCCGGGUGCUCCUCCUCCAGCCCCCAGCGUGCGCGGGUACUUUGGUCUCGGAGCUCAGAAGGAGCCAGAAGUGGGCGAGCCGGGCCGACGGUCUGGGCACCUCCCUGCGGCCCCCUAGCGGAGUCCACUGGCCGGCUCAAAGGUAUGGCGCUGACGGUGGACGUGGUGGGACCCGCACCCUGGGGCUUCCGCAUCUCGGGCGGCAGGGAUUUCCACACGCCUAUCAUGGUGACCAGGGUAACUGAGCAGGGCAAGGCCGAAGCUGCUGACCUCCGGCCUGGUGACAUUAUUGUGGCCAUCAAUGGUGAGAGCGCGAAGAGCAUGCUGCAUGCCGAGGCCCAGAGCAAGAUCCGCCAGAGCCCCUCACCCCUGAGGCUGCAGCUGGACCGGCCUCAGGCUGCCUCUCCUGGGCAGACCAACGGGGAAAGCUCCCCCGAAGUGCUGGCCGCUCGCUUCCAGGGCUCCAGGAGGACACACACCGACAGCCAGUCCUCCCUGCGGUCUUCCUGCUCCAGCCAGGCCUCCCUCAGUCCCCGGCCAGGCAGCCCCUUCUCCACCCUGCCCGCCGCCAGCCCCCAGGCCCCCGCGGGAGAGGUGGUGACCAGCCACAGUUUCCAGAGCCUGGCGUACUCCCCGGAACCCACUACUGCUGACCACUUGUCCUACAGGGGCCGCCCCGGAAGCCGACAGGCCGGCCUGGGCCCCGCUGGCGACUCGGCUGUGCUGGUGCUGCCGCCACCGCCUUCCCCAGGUCCCCGUUCCUCCAGCCCUAGGCUCAGGUACCACGUGGCCUCGGAAGGGGAAAGCCACCUCCUGAGAGAGGACUCAGAAGUCUUCAAGAUGCUGCAGGAAAAUCGCGAGGCACGGGUGGCCCCCCGGCAGUCCAGCUCUUUUCGGCUCUUGCAGGAAGCCCUGGAGGCUGAGGAGAGAGGUGGCACACCUGCCUUCCUGCCCAGCUCGCUGAGCCCCCAGUCCUCCCGGCCCACUUCCAGGGCCCUGGCCACCCCACCCAAGCUCCACACGUGUGAGAAGUGCAGCACCAGCAUCGCGAACCAGGCCGUGCGUAUCCAGGAGGGGCGCUACCGCCAUCCGGGCUGCUACGCCUGCGCCGACUGCGGGCUGAACCUGAAGAUGCGAGGGCACUUCUGGGUGGGGGACGAGCUGUACUGCGAGAAGCACGCCCGCCAGCGCUACUCCGCACCGCGCACCGUCAACUCCCAGGCCUGAGCGCCCGGCUGCGCUCUCAGACCGCCCUCCACUCUGCGGGCACCUCCGCACCGGGGCCGCGCCAAUAUCAAGUUGGCCUGGAAAGGCGAUGGGGGCUGGUGAGGCGCCUUCCUCCUCGCUGAGUGAGGCCAGAGGCCGGGACCUGCCUGUGCUGCGGGUGAGGGCAGCCUCACCUUCCCAGGUCUCUGCUGGAUACUCUCGCGUCCCCUUGCUGGACAGGCUCUGCAUCAAAGUGCGAAGUGGGUGCUGCCUUGGACACCUUUGUGUACCAGGGGUUAAGCAGGCUGGGACAUGGAGAUAAGUAUCUGGAAGGAGAGGGCUGGGCCAGAGGCUACAGGUAUUGACUGUGUAAAGUUUUCAACAUACGAGCUCUAUAAAUAUAUACUGUACAUGGACAAAAUAAAGUAA